UUCAUUUUAACACCAACACAACACACAUCUUAUUCGUUCCCAUCUCAAUUUUCGGUCCUUUUAAAUUCCCCCACUUCGCUCUCUUUCUCUUCAUUCAUAAAUUACCUCACUGGCCACAUUACACAUAAACUUCUCUACAACUCCAGCAUGGUCAUGGGGGCUUAUCGCCAUUUUGAACCAAUCUCAAAAUGUAGCACCGAUGGGCGGUCGAAUCAAACUGUGGCUGCAGAUCUAGAUGGCACGCUUCUCGUGUCGCGAAGUGCUUUUCCUUAUUUCUUGCUUGUUGCUCUUGAAGCUGGAAGCAUUUUACGAGCGUUACUACUUCUAGCGUCGGUUCCAUUUGUUUAUUUUACCUACUUAUUCGUAUCUGAAUCUGUGGCGAUCAAUACGUUUAUUUUCAUAUCCUUUGCCGGGUUGAAAAUUAGAGACAUUGAGCUUGUUUCAAGGUCUGUUCUUCCCAAGUUUUAUGCUGAAGAUGUUCAUCCUCAAACUUGGAAAGUGUUCAACUCCUUCGGCAAGCGUUAUAUAAUUACUGCCAAUCCGAGGAUUAUGGUGGAGCCAUUUGCGAGGAUCUUUCUGGGAGCGGAUAAAGUUAUAGGGACUGAAUUAGAAGUUUCAAAAUCCGGUAGAGCAACUGGGUUCGCCAAGAGUCCUGGAGUUCUUGUUGGAGAACACAAAAGAGAAGCAGUCUUAAAGGAAUUUGGCACCAGUUUGCCAGAUUUAGGCCUGGGAGACAGAGAAACUGACCAUGAUUUCAUGUCAUUAUGCAAGGAGGGUUUCAUGGUGCCGAGGACAAAAUGUGAGCCGCUACCGAGAAACAAGCUGCUCAGUCCUGUGAUAUUUCACGAGGGUCGAUUGGUACAAAGACCUACUCCUCUAAUUGCUCUAUUGACCUUCCUGUGGAUGCCGAUUGGCAUUAUAUUAUCCAUUCUCAGAGUCUAUCUCAACAUCCCUUUGCCUGAACGUAUUGCAUAUUACAAUUACAAACUCUUGGGAAUCAAAGUUGUUGUUAAAGGAACUCCUCCACCGGCUCCCAAGAAAGGCCAAAGUGGGGUUCUCUUUAUUUGCAACCAUCGCACAGUUUUAGACCCCGUGGUCACUGCCGUUGCGUUGGGAAGGAAAAUCAGUUGUGUCACGUAUAGUAUAAGUAAAUUCACUGAGAUCAUUUCACCAAUUAAAGCGGUUGCAUUGUCAAGAGAAAGAGAGAAAGAUGCCGCUCAUAUCAAGAGUUUGCUCGAAGAAGGCGAUUUGGUAAUUUGUCCCGAGGGAACUACUUGUAGAGAACCAUUUCUGUUGAGGUUUAGUGCUCUUUUCGCUGAGUUGACUGACAGAAUUGUGCCGGUUGCAAUUAACACAAAACAAAGUGUGUUUCACGGAACAACAGUUCGUGGGCAUAAAUUGUUGGAUCCUUAUUUUGUGUUCAUGAAUCCAAUGCCGACUUAUGAGAUCACCUUCUUGAAGCAGCUGCCUCAGGAGCUUACUUGCAAAGGUGGGAAAUCAGCCAUUGAAGUUGCUAAUUACAUUCAAAGGGUUCUUGCAGGGACAUUAGGGUUCGAGUGCACCAAUUUGACAAGGAAGGACAAGUACGCCAUGCUCGCAGGUACAGAUGGCCGAGUUCCAUCAAAGAAGGAGAAGGAGAAGGAAGCAGGAACCAACUAAAAAAGCAAAAUUUAUUAUUAAUUUUCUACUGGUUUUUACAUGUUUCAAACUUUAUCAAAACAAUAAAAAUUAUUGAUUACGAUAAUGAUCAUUAAAUAA